AAAAGAAGAAAUAAAAACAGAUGAAAGACUGGUAAACAAAAUUAAAAAUCUUCUAGAACCUACUAAUCUUAGACAACUAAGAGGAUUUUUAGGAAUUGCCUCUUAUUACCAGCGAUUUAUAAAAGGAUUUUCCAAGAUUGCCAAACCUUUAAACCAACUACUAAAGAAAGAUGAACCCUUAAAGAAAGAAGAGCUAGAUGGGUUAUGA